GCCAUUUUAAUGCGCCGCGCGCAAAUUAGAGCCGGCAAGAUGGCGCAGUGUGUGUGAAGUUUCCUAGCAGGAUUGCUUGCUGUGUUUGUAUCGCAGUUGGAUUAAACCGGAUGAUGAUUGCAGUUGUGUUAGGUUUGAAAGCGCAGUGGACGGUGUAAGCGUGCCUCAGACGCAGCGCAGGAUGUCCGCAGAGGUGCUCAGGCCCGAACCCGUGCCCGGGGGCAGCAGCAGGAGGAGCGGCGGAGGUAAACUGGGACUCCUGAUCAAUAAGCUGCACACGUUUCUGGCGGUUUCUGCGGAGCAGGGCAGUGAACACAGCUUACAGGGGCACUGGAGCGGUGCGAUGGCCAAAGAGUUUAUUGAGCAGCAGCAAGCAGUAGCGCGAGCCGCCGAAGAGUGCAUGCAGCCCAACAUCUCCUCAGAGGCGAAGACCUCCGCAGCUCGUUCCAGAAGGAAGCCGCUGGUGGUGACGAAGCACAGCGGCCUGAACGAGUCGGACGCGUCCUCCGAGAGCGGAACCGAAGACGUGUUGUCCGUCAACUCCAGUGAACCGGACACCACCUGCCUGCCUAAAGGUACGGUGUUUGUGUUGCCGGAGCCGGUGGCCAACGAAGUCCGUGACGAGUUCAGAGGUCCAGAAUUUCGCAGCAAACGAGUGAAACAGAACAAAGAUUUCUCAGACAAGCGGAGAGGAGGCUCUGACAUCGAGCGAGUGAACUGCACGGCCUGCGGUCAGCAGGUGAAUCAUUUCCAGAGAGACUCGGUCUACCAGCACCCUGCACUCAAAGUGCUCAUCUGCAAGUCCUGUUUUAAGUACUACAUGAGUGAUGACAUCAGCAAAGACGCAGAGGGGAUGGACGAGCAGUGCAGGUGGUGUGCGGAAGGAGGCAGUCUGAUUGGCUGUGACUACUGCAGCAAUGCUUUCUGCAAGAAGUGCGUGCUGCGGAACCUCGGGCGGCGGGAACUGUCGGCCAUCUUGGAGGAGGAGCGAAAGUGGUACUGUUACGUGUGCAGCCCGGAGCCGCUCAUGGACCUGGUGCUGGCCUGCGACUCGGUGCUCCAGAACCUGGAGAAGAUCUGGGCUCGCAAACGGGCCGGCGUAGGGGGCGGGGCCCGCGGGAAGCAGAGGGGCGGGCGCGGCGGGGCGGGGACGGGGUUUCCGCUCAGCUCGGCGCCCUCAAGGGGUCUGUGUGAGCGCAUGCAGCGCGUGGUGGACAUGACCACGUCGCUGAACCGCUCGUUCGUGGAGUUCAUGCAGAGCGAGAGGGACGAGGAGGCGAGCGAGGAGGAGGACGUGGACCGAGCGAGGAGACUGAUGAUGUUCCGCACCAUCCUGCAGGACCUGCGCCAGGCACACACCGCCCUGCAGGAAGCGCUGGAUCGGGAGUUGUACGGGGGCAAGCGGGAGCCUCAGAGACAGCGUGCGAAACCUCGGCAGCGGAAACCCCGGGCUCCGAGAGGCUCGGGCGUCACUAAGGAACUGGUGGUGAAGCUGACACCCGUCCCGUUAGAGACUUCUGUCAAUCCUGACACUAAUGCUGACGCUAGCUCCGCCGGAGUCACCGCUCUAGAUAUGGCGGAGGUAAAUAAACAAAUGAAGGAGGAGGUAAAACAGGAAAAGGCGGAGAAGACGGAAAGAAGGGCUGACAGAAAGGAGGGAAAAGAGGAGGUGAAGGAGGAAGAGAAGUGUGAGGGGAAAGGAGAUGGUGCGAUGGAGGAGGAAAACACUGACGAUGAAGACGAAGAAGAUGAAGGCGACGAGCUGGAGAUGGCGGAGGAGAACAAGCGCUCUCCUCGCGUCAAGACGACGCCACGGCGACGGCGCUCGGACGCCACCCACGCCGGCCUAGAGGAGGACUCGGACUCGGACGAAGUGCCCGCCGUGCUGCUGCAGACCGCCACCGCCGCCAUGGCCACCAGCGAGGAGGAGGGAGGGGUCGACAGCGAUGGGGGCGGGGCCGACACAAACCAGGAAGUCAGAAAGCAGUGCCUCUUUGGUCUGGUCAAAACCACGCCCCCUUGCCAAGAUCGAACUUCACGCAAACGGAAACUUAAAGAGAGGUCGUCGUCUUCAUCCUCCUCUUCCUCUUCCUCCUCUUCAGUUGCAGAAGUCGUGGAUCCUGGGUCGAAGGUCAGGAGGACUGUAGGUCUUCCCAACAAGGUUGCCAAGACGACGAUGGAUAGCGAGAGUUCGUCGAGCGAUCAGGAAAUGGACAGCAGUGACUCGGACGAGUUGGACCAGAAGAUUAAACCGCUGAGUGACGUCGCGCUGAUGGGAUCCGGAACGUUCCAGCAGUCCUCUGGUGAUGAGGUGGACGUGUGCCCCGCCCCGGUCGUGUUGGAUGAGGAUGAUGUGGAGAAUAGAAUUGCGAAACAGAUCCUGUUGGCGGAGAUCAGAGCCAACUUAUCGUCCAGCUCUGAUCAGGACGACACCUCAGACGACGAGGGAUCCAGAGCCGAGGAUGAGGAGAGCGUGCAGGAGAGGAAGAAGGAAGAGAAGGAUGAAGGGAAUGAUGAAGAGAAGGAUAACGCUGAAGACAGUGAGCCGACCGAUAACAGCUCUGACUCGGACGAUCCGGCGAAACCCCGGCAGUCCCGUCACCACCUGCUGCGCUGUCGCCUGACCCCAUGGGAGGCCACGGCUAAAGAUGACGGCGAUAAACCUGACAAUCAGAAAAGAAAAAGGGAGGAGACACCGACAACCAAGCUAAUAGUCGUUAGCAGUGACGACCGAGAAUCAGCCAGUGAGGAGUCAGCAUUGAGUGAGGUGGUCAGCCAAUCAGAAGACGAGGAUGGCAGCGUCGUGACGCAGAAGGAUUCAGCUGUUGAUGGUGAACCUCACACGCCUCCUGGAAAGGAUGGCGCUGACGGCGAUUCCGAUUCGGACGAUAAAGACGCAGAGGAGUGUACGAGCCCUACGAAGGGCCGCAGGAAGAUCCGGAGGAUCCUGGAGGUGCAGCAGCUGGCGAAGGAGACGCAGGAGGCGCUGAGGGAGGAAGAGGAGAGGAGGAAGAGGCUGGCGGAGAGAGACAGACAGCGACGACAGGAGGAGGAGAAGGAGGAGAGCAAAGAACAAGGACGAGAAGACUCAGAGGUGAUGAUAGUAGCUGAGACUCCUGCCCCCAGACCUCUCCCUCUGGUGCUAGAACUCGAUGAUGCAACACGGGAAUGUCUGGUGCAGGUGGAUACAUACCUGCUGAGUAAACUGAAACCUCAUCAACGAGAGGGUGUGCAGUUCAUAUGGGACAGCUGCUGUGAGUCCAUAGCAAAGGUGAAAUCAUCUCCUGGUUCUGGCUGCCUUCUCGCCCACUGCAUGGGCCUCGGAAAGACACUGCAGGUGAUCACGCUUCUGCACACGGUGUUGACGUGUGAGCUGGUGGAGCUGAACACGGCGCUAGUGGUGUGUCCUCUGAACACAGUGCUCAACUGGAAGGCCGAGUUCGACAAAUGGCAGCGCGGCAUCACCAAGAAGAAAAUGGAGGUGAUGGAGUUAGCGACAGUGAAGUUGGCGUGUUCUCGCGUGAGCGCUCUGACCAGUUGGCACAGGAGAGGUGGUGUGAUGAUCAUGAGUUAUGAAAUGUACCGCAUUCUCACAGACAGAGAUCAAGCCAAAUACGCCAAACAGCAGGAGAACCUACGCACAGCGCUACGGGACCCGGGGCCCGACAUAGUGGUGUGUGAUGAAGGCCAUGUCCUGAAAAACGAGUCGACUGCCAUCUAUAAAGCUAUGCGCUCCAUCCGCACACGCCGGCGAAUCGUCUUGACUGGAACACCACUUCAGAACAAUCUCUCAGAGUAUCACUGCAUGGUGAGUUUUGUGAAGCAGAACCUCCUGGGUUCCCUGCGCGAGUUUCGGAACCGUUUCAUCAACCCCAUUCAGAACGGCCAGUGCGCCGACUCCACGCUGUCCGACGUCAGACUGAUGAAGAAACGAGUGCACGUCCUCCACGAGCUCCUCGCUGGAUGUGUUCAGAGGCGGGAUUAUUCCGCUCUGACGCCUUUCCUACCGCGCAAGCAAGAGUACGUGCUGUCAGUCAGGAUGACCGUUCUACAGUGCAUUCUGUACAGACACUACCUACAGAACUACACCGCUGAAGGAAGGGGUGUGAACAGUUUAUUUCAGGAUUUUCAGAACCUGAGUCUGAUUUGGACGCAUCCGUGGUGCCUGCAGCUUUCUGACCAUAACAGAGGGAACAAGGGAAAAGUGGAGGAGGCUACUACUGAAACCGCGGUGACUGGUGAGCGUUCUGAAGUGGCAAAACGACAGAGCCCCAAUGCACGUGUGGUGGAGGAGAGCAGAGAUCCCAAUUCAGCCAAACCUACACCAGAAGAGGAGCGCAGUGUGUUGAGUGGACCCCCAGCAGGUUGGUACAGAGAGUUUGUGUCUGAUGCCGACGCUGAGCUCCUGGAGCAUUCUGGGAAAUUAAUGCUGCUGAUGGAGAUCCUGCACUACGCAGAACAACUGCAGGAUAAAGUGUUGGUGUUUAGUCAGUCUCUCGUUUCACUGGACCUGAUUGAAACCUUCUUGGAGUUGGCUGAUAAGGCAAAGAAGGAGGGAAAGACCUGUCUGUAUAAAGGGAAGCAGUCGUGGGUGCGGAAUAAGGACUAUUAUCGUCUGGAUGGUUCCACCACUGCAACAGCACGCAAGAAAUGGGCUCAUGAGUUCAACAACGUCAGAAACACACGCUGCAGGUUGUUUCUGAUCUCUACUCGAGCCGGAUCUUUAGGGAUUAAUCUUGUAGCAGCGAAUCGAGUCGUGGUGUUUGACGCAUCGUGGAAUCCGACGUACGACGUUCAGAGCAUGUUCAGAGUGUAUCGCUUCGGCCAGAAGAAAGCCGUGUACGUCUACCGCUUCCUGGCACAGGGAACGAUGGAGCAGAAGAUAUACGAGCGUCAGGUGGCGAAGCUGUCUCUCUCGUCCCGUGUGGUGGACCAGCAGCAGAUCCAGCGCCACUUCACACACAGCCAACUGAGUGACCUGUACCUCUUCCAACCUGACGGCCGCGUCAAGAGCCACACUGUGGAGCCUGCGGACAAGGUGCUGGCGAUGCUCCUGCAGCACUGUGGGCAGACCAUAGUGUCGUUCCAUGAACACGAUUCGCUGCUGGACCACAGGGUGGAGGAGGAGCUCAGCGUGGAGGAGAGGAAGGAGGCGUGGGAGGAGUACCAGCUCGAGGAGACAGCACAAACACACACACGUGCCUCCGUCCAGGUUCCAGGCGAGCUGUGGAGGAAAAGCAACCAGGAGCUGGAGGCGAUCUUAAAGAAAGGUCGUAUGGAACUGCAGAAAGCUUCACAGAACAUCAAUCCCCAAAGUCUGGAGUUCUUCCAGCAGGAAGUGAUGAAACAUCACCCUCUGUUGGAUGAAGAGACGAUAAAGCAGAAGGCCGCUCAGGUGUACGAGAGCUUUGAAGGGGAGAGACAGCGCAGACUCGAGAUUUACCAAUGCAAACUCUUCAGUCAGCGAAAGCUCAUUACGUACACACAGCAGAUUCUGGCUGAAAGGGCGGCGCACAGCAUCAGAGCUCCUCCCACUACAUCCACACCAGUCAGUUCAAGAUUUAAAGCGGGUGAAUCUUCCUCAGCCCCGCCCACUCCACAGGUCAGGAGCAGCCAAUCGUACGGCUCUUUGUGUCAGCCACCGAGAACGUCAUCUCCUCAAGAGAGGAACGUCUGAGAGGACUUGAUGUUGGAGCUGCUGUAGAUCUGAUAGCGUCGCUGUGGAGCACCAAGGUGACGGGCGGUUAAAGGGUAGUCUGAUAGCAGCGAACACGCUAACUCUGGCAGUUCAAUGCUAGCUAUCAUGUUAGCGUUCUAACAGGUACAUUUUGCUCUUCAGACUUAAACAUGCUUUUUCUCUGACCAGUUUUUUGUUGUUCGUCAAUUUCGGCUGCGUUUCUACCCACGAGACUCGUUUUCCAAAGUGAUUUUUUCAAGCGACGCUUAAUUUUGUUCUCUACCAGCGACCCACAAAUCUGCUGCUGAAAAUCUGUAUCAGACCUGAAAUUUUUCUACGUGAUCUAACUGUGUUCAUAAAUUACGACGCCAUCUAUUAAACCACGACCUCCACUUUACCUCAGACGUGGACAGUUAGCAAAGUCGCUAAUGUGUUGAGUAUCUGAAGUUUUGCGCUGCAGUGUAGCUAACCAUUAAUGGAAGCUAAGCUAAUCUGAGCAGCUACGUUUGCUAGAAUUUCAUUUCGGGCAAACAUAAAACAGGAAAUAUUAUAUUCCGUUGUUGUAUUUGUUGUGUAUAUAACGAGUUGAAGAAAGAAAACGAAACGUGUAUACCGCGUGCUGGGUUUACGUGUUUAAAUCUGUCAUUACUUGUGAAGUAAAAAGUUUUUUGUAAAAAAAAUACACUAAUAAAGAAUCAGAGAUGAUGUUU